AUGUCAAAGUAUCUUGAACGACAGUUUAGCGUUGCACCAAGCAAAGCAGAUAUGUUGAUUAAUUGUAUAAUGAUUCCAAUGGCUGGAAUAGGUACAAUGUUCAGUGGUUUCAUCAUUCAACGAUUUCGUUUAGGUUGUGUUAAAACUUUAAAAUUUUGCAUAGCAUUACUAAUGUGUACGCUUAUCUUAUCACCAAUGUAUCUUGUUUAUUGUGAUCACGAUCCACUUGCUGGAAUUGAAGAGCAUUAUGAAAUGGACGUCGCUUCAAAUUCAGAUCAGAAUAAUAAUGCUACAGAAAUACUACCAUUUCUAAAAUCCACCUGCAGCCGUCAUUGUGACUGUGUUCCAAGUGAAUAUUAUCCAGUAUCUACUGAAUUUUAUAAUGAAAAAUUUGGAUGUCGGACUGUCAAGAAUGGAUUGUCAAAGUGCAGAGUGAAUCAAAAACAGUUGAUUAUGCUGAGCGUUCAUUUGCGCUUGGAAUUCAGUGGAUUUGAUGUUUGCUCCGGAAAACAAGGAAGCUGCAUGCUAUAUCAGAAUAAACUUUUGGCCGAUCUUUUUCUUACUUUCAGAGUGAUUGGUCAGACAAUUGCCAUGGUUUCUAAUUUGUACAUUAUUAUUUUUCUCAUCACAAAUGCGUGA